AUGGAACGGCUGAGAUCAAUCGAUGCAUGGCGUGCAUGGGAAGUCGAUCGAGGCUGUAAGCAGAUGAUGGGGUCGAUCGAGCUGGCUAGCCUCCUAUGGGAUCGAUCGAGUUAUGUAAAAGCGGCUAGACCUAAUCUAGCUAGGUCGGCGCCGGCUUUGGGCUUGAAUUGUGCGGAUUGGGCUUCAAAAACGGCUUCGGGUCGACCGCGGCGUUCGGACGGUCGGUCGGGACGAUCGGCCGGACAGUCGGGUCUUGGCCGAGUCGGAACGGUCGUGGCCGGAUGUUUCACGGUCGGCCGGUGUGGUCGGACGGAUGAAGAUUUGGCCGAUGGUUUCUCGGCCGGACGUGGGACGUUUUUCCCGGCUCGGACGGAUGCAUCGGCCGUGGUACGCGAGAUGGUUGCGCGGCCGCGAGGCUUUUCCCGGCUCGCGCGGCAUGGUCGUGCGCGGCGUGGCGUGGCGUUGUGGCUUGGCCGACCGCGGGCUGUUUCCCGGGUCGUGAUGCGUGAUCGGCCGACGGUUUGGACUUUGGCCGAGACUUCAGUCGGACGGACGUUUUGGCCGAGCGCGGAACAUUCGUUCCUCGGCCAGCCGGACUGCGCGGUUCGGGCGCUGAUUCUCGAUAGAGCCGUCUGGAGCAGUCUUCACUCUUUUGGCUAUAACUCCUUUUCUACUCAUCCAAAUGAGGCCGUUCCAGUUGCGUUGGAAAGUUAA